CAAAGAAGCUCACUCAGUGGGAAAGCAACUUUUUACCCGAGCUCAUCGUCCUGUGUUCUUCAUUCGUCGUUAUCCGUGAUCAGAUAGCCGUCAGAAGUGUGAAGUGCAUUUUCCCGAAAAUUUACUACCCUAAAUUUCGGUCCGUUUUUUUGCUUUGGCUUUCAAAAUUCCGCGAUGCAAAGAAAGAAAUGACACAGCAUUAGCUGAAUUGGGCAUUAGUUUUUGUGUUUCUCUUGAUUCGAAGGAGUUUUCGCGUUUUUUCCCAUCUCCACCAGCAAGCAAGCAAGUGAAUCGAGUGAGAAAAAAAAGAAGUUUCUGAAGUGUGGAAGAGAGACGCAGGAAGCAGAACGGAACAGCGGAAAAGAGUGUUUGUGUGAGAGAGUGGAAGGAACGCCUCGGAAAAUCGGAAAACAAGCAGAAAAAUAGAAGAUUGUGAAGAUGUACAGUAAAAUGAAUGGAUAUCCAUCAUCUACAUUCAGGUCGAGUGGCGGCCGAUUGUGGGGAAUGUCGCACUCGCUUCCAUCAGGAAUGUCGAAUUAUGCAUAUGGACAGGAUUCAGAUUUCUCAUACUCUUCACGGCCCCGAAUGUUUGAUAUGCCUUCGAGUAGCACGUUCGGUGGAAACGCUCCACAAACAUCGUCUUCGAGCACAAGUUCGCUAUCCGGAAUGAACUUUGGCCCUGGCAGCAACAAUGCGGGAACGAAUCUGAUAGUCAAUUAUCUGCCACAGGACUUGACCGAGCGCGAGCUGUAUUCGAUGUUCUCCACCAUGGGUCCAAUCGAGACCUGUCGAAUCAUGAGAGAUGUGAAGACUGGUUACAGUUACGGAUUCGGUUUCGUUAACUUCCUGUCCGAAGACGCGGCACAACGCGCAAUCAGAUGUUUGAAUGGUUACUCUGUUCGGAAUAAGCGAUUAAAGGUUUCAUAUGCAAGGCCCCAAAGUGACGACAUCAAGGAAACAAAUCUUUAUAUCACAAAUCUUCCACGAACAAUAACUGACGAGCAGUUAGAUAUUAUUUUUGGUAAAUACGGUACCAUAGUACAAAAGAAUAUCUUGAGAGAUAAACUGACUGGCUUUCCGCGUGGAGUGGCGUUCGUUAGGUUCAAUAAGAGAGAAGAAGCCCAGGAGGCGAUAUCAGCAUUGAACAAUGUAAUACCACAAGGUGGUACUCAACCAUUGAUCGUCCGAGUGGCAGAGGAUCAUGGACGGGCAAAGGCUGCUCUCUACGUUCCUUCAUAUAACUCAAUAGUACAUAACAACCGAGGUAGAGUACGAAUGCGUAAUAAUCCUUACUAAAUCAAAAAUGAAUCUACAGUUAAUGCUUAUGCUCAUGAUUUUCCCAUUUUCAAUGUUGAAGCUUGAUUUUACUUUACCUUGGUUAUUAUUAGUACAGAAUUUGAAAUACGUUUCAUUUUUGUUACGAAAUCGAUUUGAAAUAUUUUAAGUUAGAUGUAGCCUCAUAAUUACCAACAAGAUUAAUUUCUGAUAAUACAAACUUUAAGUUAAUUAUUAGCUUAAAAGAAAAUAAAGCAAGAAUUAUUUUACUUAUUUUGGUGAGAUUGUUUAAAAAUCCUUCAUUUACGUUUGAAUCAUUCAAAUGCAUGUUAUCAAUGUGACAAAAAUGCAAUUGCUGUGCUUUCCCUGAUCAACAUUAUCAUCAAUUCCAUACAUACAUUAUAGCUGUACAAAGCUUUGAUAACAAUUGUAUAUCGACUUGCGAUUCUUCACCUUUUUGAGUAGGGCACUUGUUUGAUAGAAUAAGGUCAAGAGUGACCGAUUUAGUGUGUCUGAUGUGCUUUAAAUGAAACUGUAAUGCUGUAUAUGAUACGUAGAUGUUUAUUGAGUGCAAUUUGGCACUCUUUACAGUCAUGUAUGCUGUAUAAUAUAUUAAUACAAUAGAAAUUUAGAGACUCUGAGUCAACCUACAUGAUUAUUAAGAUUCUAAUCGAAAAGCUUAAAAUAAUAUUCUAUCAAACCUAUGUCGUUAGUCAUAGCAUAAUAGAUGUAGCUUUACGUCAUAAAAUUGGUGAAUAAAUUUGAUAGUCAUUACAGAUGAAAAUA